AGAAAGGUGCCCCGACGAGCUACUCGGGCAUGGGCGUCGGCGAGCGCUCGGACAAGCUGAAGGAAGGCGGCGUCUCGCUGCUCUGCGGCGACUCCAUCGCCGACUCCAUCGAUCUGUCGGGCAAGAACAAAAAGCGGCGCAACCGCACCACCUUCAGCACCUUCCAGCUGGAGGAGCUGGAGAAGGUCUUCCAGAAGACGCACUACCCGGACGUCUACGCUCGCGAGCAGCUGGCCCUGAGGACGGAGCUCACCGAGGCCCGAGUGCAGGUUUGGUUUCAGAACCGUCGAGCCAAGUGGAGAAAGCGAGAACGCUACGGGAAGAUUCAGGAGGUCCGCAACCACUUUGGCACCACCUACGAUAUUUCCCUCCUCCCCCGCCACGACGCCUACCAGGGCAACCUGUGGCCAGCGGCUUCAGGAGUCGUCGGAGGCACGUCGGCUCCCGGCUGCGUCCUUGGACCCGAAUCCUUUCCGUCCUCCUGCAUGGGAGCUUACGCUCACCCUCACAACAACCUGCAGGGCUUCAUGGGCAUCCCCUCGUCCCCCCACCACCACCACCACCAUCACCACCAGCCGCCGCACCAUCCGGCCAUCAAUGGGCUGUACUCCCUGCACGGCUUCCCCGGCGGCGCGGAGCCUGCGGAGAACGACUACAAGCCGACGGGCCUGAUGGCGCUGCGAAUGAAAGCCAAAGAUCCGGGCAGCAUUCUCUCGUGGCCGACAUGACGGCCAUGCUUGCCUGACAUCCCCCCCAGCACUUCCCCCCCGGAGCCAGAAAGUAGUCCCCACCUGCCGUGUAUAAAGCGAAUCGCCAAUAGUCGCAUGGGUUGGGGACUCAGCCCUGCCUGGAUGGCAAAUAAUGAAACGCCAAAGAGUAAUUGGCUCUAUCCACACAAAACACUUUUGAGAUCAUUUCAAACUCUUCAACAAUCAAACGCGAUGAUUGAUUUCGAAAG